CAUUUCACCCCUCGAAUCACCGAAACUAUCUACCAAAACUUCCAUUUCCUACCCGUGGCCAAAAAAAAUCCGUUCAAACCCUUCUCCCAUAUAAUUUACUAUCCAAAUACCAAUUAAAUGCAAUUUGAUGCUAAUGAUCUACCAAUCAAACAUUCUCCCCAAACGAAAAAAAACACGAAUCGCUGACCAGCUGGCGUCUGGUGUUAUACCUAUGAUAUUUAUUAUCUCAUCCUUGGGUCUCAAAAACUUGACCAAAAGAUGAAAGGGGGGAGGUGUAGGGUACGGAUUUCAUCUCGAGGCGUGUGUUGACCGGCUGUGGCAGGAGAGAAAGAGAUGACUAUGAGCUGGCGCGUGGCCCUCAAGCCCCUGGAAAAUUUUUCAGCCGCCACGCGCCACGUGAACCCUCAGGGCUCAUCAAAGGACCCGUGCAGCUGGCCUUUUUCAGUGCCAACAUCAACAAAUUCACAUUCAGCAAUAAACCCUUUGAGCUGGAAUGUCGAUUUGCCAGCACCAAUGGAAAAUUAUUCGUGGAUGAAAAUUUUUUGAAUUCUCAUUCUCUUGAGGCACAAGAAUUUUGAUAAUAAAAUGUGAAAUGAGUUUAUAUAUAGGAUCCCAGUAUUCACGGGUAUAUUGGGAGGGGGUGGGGGCCCAUGGGCCUUAUACCUGAUGGGCGCACGGUGCGUUCAUGCGGCGAACACCUGCCUCGCGCCCAACCGACAGGCUCUUGUAUAUGUACCCCCGUCCCUUUGUCCAUUCGAUGAUAUAAGCACCUGGACUCACCAGGGAAUUGCUUCAGUUAAGCUUCAAAGUUCAUUCAGUGUGGACCUAUUCUCUCAAAUUUUGAUUCCACAAAUAACUUUGGCUCGAGUAUUGCGUUGUGAAGAUAUCGUUAGCCUCGAUAGGGGCAGCUCAGUUGCAUUGUAAUAACGAAAUCCAAAAACAAACUAAAGAUGUGUCUGAAGUGGUUGGUGUUGAUGAUGUUAGCAAGUGCUCUUGGAGAUAGAGAGGUUGAUCUCGCGGAUACUGUGAAGCUACUUCGUGAACAAGUGAAUGCACUUAUUAAUCGUCGACAAGAGGAUUACAAUGCACUUGAGGAGAGUCUGAAAAUUGCAAUGGAGAAGAAUACCGAGUUGACGGUUCUGCGGAAUGAAGUUAAACUUCUGAGGAAGGAAGUGGCUUUGCUGCACGGCGGAAGCGGCAACGAGGCGAAGAACGAACGCCUGAGGGUCAAAUGGUUGGGUAGCGCUGUUACAGAGUUGAAGAAUGAGUUGGCUGAGGUAUUGAGGGCGAGAAAUGCCAGUGAGGAGCUUGCGGAGAGGGCUAGGAUGAAGAGUGAAAUUGCACUGCUGAGGGGCGAUGUUGCACAAGUUGGAAGGGGUGUAAGGGAUCUUGGGGGAAGACUAACGAGGAUUGAAGCUUCUCUUGGGACUAUACGAGUGGAUAUCAUUGCGAUUAAGGAGAGGGCUGGACAAGUUACCAGGACUUGCGCUGAUAUAGCUAGUCAGCUGAGCACGGUUCAAAUUGAGAUGAAGUCAUUGAAGUACGAGCCCCAGGACACUAGAGCCCAUCACCUAUCGCGUAACGAGAUAAUCGAGGACACAGAUGAGAGUGACUACAAGCGCGAUCAUCACAAAUCGUCACGUCCAGCUUUCUCGAGGUCCUUGAUACUGCGAAAAAUCGCUGAGAGAUUGAAUCGACUGGAGAACAAGAUCUCGAUAGUCUCCCAAAAACGAGGGAUGAUCGAGAAACGGGUGGUAUAUGAGAGCUCGGAGAUUCUUCUGGAAUCCCAGAGAAAGCUGAGGGAGGACUUGUUGACAAAACUGUUGAACGUCACCGAACGCGUAAUUUCCAUGGAAAAACACCUGGCGGGCUCGGAUCGCCUCACCUUGGCAUCCCUGGCGACUGUGCAGGAGAAAAUUGACGAAAAUCAGGCCGAGCUGAAGAGGAACAUAUCGAGAAUUGACGUCAAUGCUGCGAGGAAAAAUGCGGAGAUAUCUUUGACACGAGAGGACCUUGGAAAUCUUCGGAGAACAGUUCAAGCUCUGAGUGUAAGUGCAUCCAAACUACAGGAGAAGAGUGACGCCCAGCAGGAGACCAUAGCGAACCUUGGGAAGAGGAUCGAUGACAUCACAGCACUCGAUACAGCUGUUGCUAAAGCCGAGAACAUCACUCAGAAGCUGGAAAAUAUUGAGAGUGAGUACAGAAUGAUGGUGGACACACUUCCUGGAAAUUGCGACGCAAGGGACGGCUUGACACUGCUGGGAAAUGGUCAGGAAGGGCCUCUGCUGGUGUCCUGUCAUGCGGGUUGGAUCAUGGUGGCCAGGAGAAUGGACGGAAUGGUCGAUUUCGACAGGAGUUGGAGCGAAUAUGCGACUGGUUUUGGAUCACCUCUCAAUGAAUUUUGGGUGGGGAAUGAGAACCUUCACCGGCUGACUCGAGAUAAUUGCACGAAACUGAGGAUCGAGCUGACGGAUAUCUCUGGUACCAAGUGGAUGGCUGAGUAUAAUCACUUUGUCGUCCUCUCCGAGGAGACAGGCUAUGAAUUGCAGCUCGGCGGCUACUCUGGCAACGCCAGUGAUGCAUUCUCUUAUCAGAAUAAUAUGAAAUUCAGUGCUAAGGAUAGGGAUAUGGACAUCAGCUCGUCUGAUUGUGCUGCUAAUUAUCAUGGGGGAUGGUGGUUCAGUCAUUGUCAGCAGGCUAAUCUCAAUGCCAAAUACUCGCUUGGAAUGACUUGGUAUCAAGCUGACAUCAAUGAAUGGAUGGCUGUUACUGCCGCCACAAUGGCGAUAAAAAGGAAGGACCAUUGCGGUGAAAAGAGUUAAAUUUUUUAUACAAAUUGAGGUGCCAGGGGACAUUGCGAAGCCAAAGAUUUCUAGGUGAAUUUAAUAAGCACAAAUUACUGCUGAACAUGUAAAUACUUUGUACAUUAGAAUCUGAAUAUGUGGAUUAGUGGAAAAUAAAUAAUUUUUUUUAUUA